CGCCACCUGGAAGCUCACCUGCUUUGCUGUUCAGACCUUCUCCACACUCAAGAUGACUUCUGCUACGAAGGUGUAUUACAGCCAGACGACACAGACCGACAGCCGCCCCCUCAUUGGCUCCGCCCUGCGGAAGAGGCGGGUGAUGACAAAGGAUGGGCGGAGCAACGUGCGGAUGGAGCACAUCGCUGACAAGAGGUUCCUCUACCUGAAGGACUUGUGGACGACCUUCAUUGACAUGCAGUGGCGCUACAAGCUCCUUCUCUUCUCGGCUUCCUUUGCUGGGACGUGGUUCAUCUUUGGUGUCAUUUGGUAUCUCGUGGCUGUGCUGCAUGGGGACCUGCAGGAGUUCGACCCUCCUGCCAACCACACGCCGUGCGUCAUGCAAGUCCAUACGCUGACGGGAGCCUUCCUUUUCUCCCUGGAGUCCCAGACCACCAUUGGCUACGGCUUCCGUUACAUCAGCGAAGAGUGCCCGUUGGCCAUCAUCUUGCUCAUCAGCCAGCUGGUCCUCACCACUAUCAUGGAGAUCUUCAUCACUGGCACCUUCUUGGCUAAGAUCGCCAGGCCCAAAAAGAGGGCGGAGACCAUUAAAUUUAGCCAGCACGCUGUCGUGGCUCAGCACGACGGCAAGACCUGUUUGAUGAUCAGGGUGGCCAAUAUGCGCAAAAGUCUACUCAUUGGUUGCCAGGUCACUGGCAAACUCCUGCAGACCUACCUCACCAAGGAAGGUGAGAAUGUCCGUCUCAACCAGGUCAACGUGGGCUUCCAGGUGGACACGUCUUCUGACAGCCCUUUCCUCAUAUUGCCUCUUACGUUCUACCACGUGGUGAAUGAAAGCAGCCCCUUCCGGGACAUGGCCCUGCGCACGGGGGAAGGAGACUUUGAGCUUGUGGUUAUUCUCAGUGGCACCGUGGAAUCCACCAGUGCCACGUGCCAAGUUCGGACCUCCUACCUCCCCGAGGAGAUCCUUUGGGGCUAUGAGUUUACCCCUGUCAUAUCCGUCUCAGCCAGUGGGAAGUAUGUAGCUGAUUUUAGUCUAUUUGAACAGGUGAUCAAAGUAGCGCCUCCGUGCUGCCUGCAUGAAACCGUGCGGUUUGGUGACCCUGAGAAAUUGAAGCUAGAGGAAUCCUUUCGGGAGAAAGCAGAGAGGGAAGGCACCCCUUUGAGUGUCCGGAUCAGCAACGUCUGAAUAUUUGGAGGACUUGUGAGGCCAGCAUCACAAAUAUGAUGUUAAAUGUCCUUCUUAGAUUUCAGGCUUCCUUUGCAUCCCUCCCUCGUCACCUUCCGUCGUUUCAUAAGAUGCAGGUGGAGCAACCUGCCCGUCUCUUUAGGAACUCGUUAUGGGAAUGCAACGUUCAUUUCCCUCCUGACCCAGCAGCUCUCAGUCCACACUGGAAGUGAGACCCCUUCUAUGGUUUUGACCAACAGCUGGAAGGAUUUCUCAUUGUGCUCAUUUUAAAAUACGCAUUCCGGUGAAACCAUUGUUCAGGGUUUCUGAUUCUCAAAAGGCAGCUGAAUAUACACCAGCAUCUUACCAGGGGAGAGGAAAUUGCGCAGUACACUACAUUUUAUAUAAAUAUCUGGAGGUUCUGUUGUUGUUUGGCUUGGGAACCCUUGCAGUGAAGACGAGCACAUAAUCCCAGUCUAACCUGAAAAGCAUGGAUGGAUCUACGAUAAACUGAGGCACGGAAAACAAAAACGGAUGCAGCUAGAGCGGAUGCAAGCCCUCGCAACACCAGACCC